GCGUAACGGGAGGGACGUUCUGGAAGGUUCUGGGCCGGCGCUUCAGUCGCUGGCGGGCGGCGGCAGCGGGCGGAGGCGGCAGCGAGCUCUGGUUCCGUCGCGAUUCUAUCGCCCUUGUGUCGCCCUUUUGUCGCCCUUUUGUCGCCGAUCGCGGCUGGCGCAGCGGGCCCGGCGCUAUGGGGGUGACGCACGAAGCGGGGCUCUCCCCUCAGGACCCGUGUGGGGGCAGCCCGGCGGGCUGGAGCCGCAGCGCCCAGGUGCCUCAGGGGAACCAGCGUGGGGCGUGCCCGGCGGCGCCCAGCGGAACAGAGACCGGGCACUGCCGGGCGGCGGCCAAAGGCGAGGCGGGCGCUGAGGGCUGUGCCCGGAGCACGGGCGGUGUGACGGAUUGCAUGGACGGGCUGAGCCUGGGCUCGCCCCGGCACACAGACUCCCCGGGCCGCUCGGGCCGCUCCUCCAGCCGCUCCUCCAGCCGCUCAUCGCGCAGCUCCAGCUCCAGCAGCUCCUCCAGCCGCUCCUCCCGCAGCUGGAGCCGCUCCCGUUCCCGCUCCCGUUCCCGUUCCCGAGCGCGGCGCUCCCGCCGCUGCUCCCGCUCCUACUCGCGCUCCCGUUCUCGCUCCCGCGGCUACCGGCGCUACCGGCGGCACUACCGGCCCCGGCACUACCGGCCCCGCUCCCGCCGGGCCCGCUCCCGUUCGCGCUCCCGGGGCUGCUACCGGCGCUCGUACUCGCGGAGCCGCUCGCGCUCCCGCGGCCGCCGCUACUACGGCUUCGGCAGGACCAUCUACCCCGAGGCGUACCGCGGCUGGAGGAGCCGCUCCCGGUCCCGCAGCCGCUCCCGCAGCCGCUCCCCGCUGCACCUCAGCGACAAGGACAAGAGGGAACUGCUGGAAAUUGCAAAAGCCAAUGCUGCCAAAGCUCUGGGGACAGACAACAUUGUCCUGCCAGCCAGCCUGAAGCUCCCUGCUCCUGCCAGGGAGGUGAAAAGUGAGAAGCAGGAGCGGGAGGAGGCCCGGGAGCCAGCUGAGCAACCUGGGAGUGCAGCUGAGGACGUGAGCAGGGCUGCCAUGGAGAGAGCAACAAUCCAGAGGAGCAUUUCCUUCAGCCCUAAUAACACAAUGGCCAAGCCUGCCCUGCAGAAGCCAGUGAGCCAUGCUGUGGUUAAGGAACCUGUGGUUUCUCCAGCCAGGGAGGAUGACAGGAAGGGAAGCCCCUAUGGGCAGUGGGUUCCUGUCAAGAAGGAGGAGAAGAAAACAUUCCUGAACUUCUCACCCAAAAGCUCCCUGUUCAGGGCACGCUGAGGGAGGCACUGCCAGCACCUCACACCCCUCAGCAGAGAUGGAGAGUUCUGAUGGGCUGGAAGAUUUGUUAAUACUGAGUAUUUAUUUUGAAGUCUUAAUUUUUGGAAUCUUAGGUUUCUCUUUCAGAUAGAGAGCACAGAUCCAGAAGGCACAGAUGGGAAUCUUGUGUAUAUUUGUAAAUAUUUUGUAUUGCUUUAUUGGACUAGACCUUGCAGGUGGGUAACUUUUUUCUAAACCAUAGAUGAGUAGCUGUUCUUUGAACACCUGGAUUUACAUUGUGUAACUGUUUACUUAAGUGAAUAAAGUUUAGUUUUGCACUGUCA